UUUAUAUCUAAUAAAAUGUCUUCAGUUGAAGAGUUACGAGUUCGAUUAUUAUAUUUUAUUAAAAAAAAUGGUGUAAGUAUACAGUUCGGAAAACUUAGCAAUGACUAUAUUGAACGUUGGAAAGAACCUUUUAAUACAUCUUACCAUAAGAUCAACAAAAUAAAAAAAAUGUUAAGGUUAAAAAAGUGUGCUAAAAAAAUCUUAGGAAGAGAGGCUCAAAUAUACAAAGACACAGUUUAUUUAAAAGGCUUUUCACCAAUUCAGCCUGUAAAUCCAAUAAAAAGUAAUAACACUGAUUUUAAUGUUAUAACCGAUGAAGAUUAUAUAAGUUUAGAAUCCUCCGUUGGUUCUCAGAAUUCUCAGGAUAUGCAUAAUUCAUCAGAAUCAUUUUUAAAAACAAUGCUUGAUACAUCAUCAAAAUGUGCUGAAAAAAAUUUGAAAAAAUCUUUAGCAAACAUGGGAAACUCAAAAGACACUGCUAUACCAAUUGAUGAAGAAGAUGAAGAUGAAGCAGCUAAUGACAAAAAAAAUGAUGUUGUUGCAGAAAAUGCAUGUUUGUAUGAUAGCGAUAACAUAGCUGACUCAUUUGAACAAUAUCGCAGUUUUCAACUUGUUCAUGUAGCAUAUUGCAAGCUGCGAAUUGUUGCAAUGAUGUAUAGUCUUAAAAAAAAUGUUUUAUUUGUUCAUCAAUUUAAAUUGUGGUUCAAAGAAAUGUAUAGAGAAAAUUUUUUUUGCAAGAAUGUGUUGCGAUACUAUAUUUCUGAAACUGAGUCUCAUUUUCAAUAUCCAGAACUUUUCCUUCAACGAUUUUGUUCUGAUUUUAUACUUUUAUCAGAAGAUAAUAUAACUUGUAAUGUUUUGAUGACUCUUACUUCUGAUAUAAAGCCACUGUACUUAAAACUGCUUGAUGAGUUAAUUCAACUUUUAGAGAAACUCGAAUUGCCUGAUAACGUUUUGAAAGAAAAUCUUAUACCAUCAGAAAUUAAAUUGCUACAAUAUUCUGACGAUCAGCCAGUUGAUGUUUUGCGAAUUCCCGACAGGUUUGGAAAUCACCACAAAAUGUAUUUCUUUCCUAACUCAAACACAAACAAUAAAAUCAAAGAAAGACCAACUCUAAACGAAAUAAAUGAGAAAGUCACUCAGAUUCAAAAUAAAAUAUGCAGAAGAGGUGAUGCUGUUAGAAUCAUUGAUAUAAUAAAAGAACUGUGUCUCUUUUACAAUGUCUCUUGUAUAAAAGAUUUGUGUCCCUUGGAUAGCAGACCGCUUAGACAGGAUGGUGAUAUUCCUGCAAUAUUUAAUAUAAUGAAGUUACAAGGAAAGAUUAAUGCUUUCAUCCAGUCAUUUGUAAACUUCCGAAAUAUAUGUACAUUAUAUGAGCUCAACCAAGAGAUAUGUAAGUUGGAUUCAAAAGCUUCUUUUGUUGACUACAAACUUGGACCAUUGCAGAAACAAAUUCUUAUUUAUGAAUACUUUCAAUUUCCACCAAAUAAGCAAGACAUUCCUCAAAUUACAACAUGUGAUAUUUUUAAUCUUAUAUGGAAGCUUGAAAAUGAACGCUAUCACAAUGAGAAGAAAAAAGGAAAUAAAGGUGUAUUAGAAUCAAACAAUUCCAAUAGUCGGUUUUCUUUAACUGAGUUCAUGGACUAUUUUAUAAAGCAACAUGGUUUUGCAGAACCUUAUGAAAGUGGUGUGAGAAUAACCAGCAUAAGUCUAGCAGUUUUUGUUGUUAAAAAAGCCAAACUUGGAGAUUUUCAUCAUGAAAGGGAAAUGGUCAAGAAAUUUAACAAUCAACUUCGUGAAGAACUAAAUUUAUAUCUUUCCAAUAGGUUGAAUGAAAUUGUUGGAGCACAAACUCCUGGAAAACCACAAAAUCUUAUAGAAAAAGUGUGUGGCAUGAAACUUCUAGACGCAUUCAAUCAAAUUUAUUUAAUGCUGCAACAUAUGAAACAAGAAGCCUACAAAAAGUUGCCAUCUACUGCAAAUCUUAUAAAUUUUUCAGACACUGUGAUGAAUGCAUUAUUGAUCAUCCAAAAAAAUCCUUUAAUGAGUUCAAUAUUUCAUAUAAUACUCUCAACUGCACCAUUAAAAGUUUUAGGCAUGGAUGAUGUUACCAUUUUAAAUUACUUAGGGUUUGAAGAAACAAUAAAACAGAUGGUAGAAAAUCAUAAACCAAAAGAAAUGCCUAACAAUUAUUCUAAUAUAGCUUCUGUUCCAAAAGAACUUGUUUUGCAAACGACAAAGAAAUGGUUUUCUCAAAAUAAUGAGUUAACUCUUGAUUUAUUAUCUCGUAUUGAGAAGCAAAUUAUAUCUGCAAUAGAUGAAAAACUUCACUGUUUUGAUGAUCUUGGUCAUGGUUCUUUUCUAAAAUUUCUGAUUGAAAAUGAGAGUUUAAAAGAGCUAGUGGAAUAUGGAUUAAAAACAGUUAGCCAAAAUCGAAGUGAAAGUGUUUCUAAAGAUGAUCUGGGGAUUUUUAUUCAUCAGUGUGGAGAUCAAGGCUGCAAAGAUGAUAUCAGUAUUGCAGCUAAAGUACAGUUUAAUCUUAAAGAUCUAUCAUUCAUGAGAAAUUUUGCAGUACCAACCAACACUUUAUUUCAAUAUCAACAUGCAGUUUUAUGUGGUACAGAAUAUCAAAAGGAACUUAAUUCUUUAACAGACUCAGAUAAUAUUUUGUCUAUGCUUGCUGUUUCAAAAAUUAAUGCCUUGCCUUACUUAGAGGAUGUUUCAAAAUUGAUGAAUUGGGAUGAAAUAUUUCAGAGAAAAUUAGGAAGUUUAAAAGAAUUUGUUAAGUCAAAGUUUAAUUCCAAAGAUGUUUGCUACUUUUUUUUGGAACUUCAAUUUGGAAAGUUUGUAAAAGUUUUGAAAGAUUGUUCAAUUGAAUCUUUUACAGAAGCAUUUGUAGCUCGGGAUGCAAAGUUAGUUUCUAUAUGUUUAACAUCUAUAAUAUGCUCAAAUAGAAGAUUAGAACAUGCCCCUCUUGCUCUUCUUUCAAAUGUUAUUCAAAAAAAUAUGUUAACAAGCUCAGAAACUUCAGAGUUUUCUGAAAAACAUUUUUUGGUAUUUAUAUUAGAGUGCUUCCAACUGAUACCUUUUGAUUUGCUUUGUUGCAUUAUUCAUAAAAUGUUUUUAACUCCACUUUCUACAAUUUACGGUAAUUUAAAUGUGCCAUCUGUAUUGUUAAAAGUUUGCAGUGAUUGUUGCAGAAGUAGGCUUCACGCUCUUGGUUUUCAACUUUCUAUUGUAGAGUGGAUUGAAAACUAUAAAGAUGAAUUUUCUGUGCUAAAAGCUGAAGAAAAUGAAAAAGAAGCUAUUGAAAAGACAAAGUUUCAAGUUAUAGGAGAAAAUAAAAACAUAGAAAAAAAGCAUGAUGAAAGUAUAAGUACAUUAGUCAAUGAAAAGGAAGAAUUAAUUAUGGAGUCAUCGACUUUUCCUGAACAAGGUAAAGUUAAAGAGUUUUUUGGUUCCUCUUCUGACCAAAACAACCACUGCAGAGAAGUAAUAAAUAAUAUCAGAAGAGAUCAAUUUGGUGUUGGGAUUGAGUUUGGUGAACAGGAAAUGAAGCUAAUUGAAGUUCAUAGAGAGAGAGAAGGGAGAUCAUUGCAGCAUCUAUCAAAUGAAUUGUAUUCUAAGGAUUCACAUUUUGUCCUUGAGUUAAUUCAGAAUGCUGAUGACAAUCAAUAUCCUGAAACAUUUUUUGAAAAAAAUGAAAAGCCUGCUGUUGCAUUUAUUGUUGAACAUGAUAAAAUUACUAUAUUGAAUAAUGAGAAAGGUUUUUCUGAAAGAGAUAUCAAGGCUUUGUGUGAUGUUGGUAAAAGUACAAAAGGAAUUCAUUGCAAAGGAUAUAUUGGUCAAAAAGGGAUUGGUUUUAAAUCUGUUUUUCGUGUCACUAAUUCUCCAGAGAUACAUUCCAAUGGUUAUCAUAUUAAGUUUGAUGCUUCUCAUGGUUCAAAUGGUUACAUUUUACCAUAUUGGAUUGAUUGUUGGGAAUCAAAGAGUAAACUUUUGUAUCAGCCAUCUAAAAAACAAAAUUACACUUGGAUCACUCAAAUAGUUUUACCAUUAAAAAGAGAUAUGCAACAUACAAAACUUACUUCUCGUUUUCAUGAUAUUCACCCAUCGUUAUUGUUGUUUCUCAAUCGACUGCAUACAAUAAUCAUAGAUGAUAAGGUUUCAAAUGUUUUAAAAGUGAUUGAAAGAGAAAAUUUGGAUGAAAAUAUAGUCCGCUUAUCUAACAAUAAUGAUUCAGCUUUAUGGUUUGUUGUUGGCAAAGAAUUAAAUGUAGAUAUACGUCAAGAUGUCAAAUCAACAAAUUUAGCAGUUGCUUUUCCCCUUAACAAUUUGAAUGAUGAGGUACUUCCGAAUCAACCUGUGUAUGCAUAUUUACCUCUAAGAAGUUAUGGUUUUAAAUUUAUAAUACAAGCUGAUUUUGAAGUGCCUUCUUCACGGGAAGACAUUAAUAAAGAUAGUGCAUGGAAUCAAUGCAUAUUGCAGCAUAUACCUAAACUAGUUGUUGAAGCUUUUCAUUGUUUUAAGAAACAUCAUCACUUCACCGGUUUAGACGGUGUCAUUAAGUAUUUAAAGUUUAUGGAUCUUGAAGAUCAUGUCCUUGGAGUGUUUAAACAAGUUAGUCACCAAAUUAUAAAGUCCUUGCAGAGAGAAGCAUGUUUGCCAGCUAUGUCAAAAGAUUGUAAUGCAUAUCCUCAAAUGCCUAUUACUUGGGUAGUUCCAAGCUGCAUAAUCAAUCCACAAGAGAACGUCUUAAAAGUUAUAUCUCAAGAAAUGCUACAGGAAAAGCUCGGACUUUACUAUCUUAAUAAAGAUGUUAAUACUGUCAUUUCAAAAAGAAUGUUAAUUUCUUUAGGUGUUAAUGAAAUGACAUUGGAAUUGUUAUUAGAGAUUUGCAGAUUAAUUGUCCAUCAAUUCAAUUCUUUGCCACAAAAUAAACAGGAUUGUAAAGCUUUUUAUCAAUGGAUUGGUCAAUGGUUACACACAGUUUACCUUCGACUUCAAGACCAAUGUGAUUGUAGUGAAAAAACCUUUAAUAUUCUUCGUUCAUUGUAUAUCUAUCCAAUGAGCGACAGAUCACUGAAAUCUUUAAAUGGUCACGUGGUUUUUUUUCCUGUUUCUGACAACAACAAAAUAAUAUUUAAUAAAAAAAGUGUUCAACCAAUCCAUCUUAUUGAACAAGAUCUUCUUAUAUUGUCACAUGAUUUUAUGUCGUAUUUGAGUGGCAUUGAACAGCAACAACUCAAGAAUUUUUUAUGUGAUUUAGGCGUAAAGGAAAUCACACCUUUAGACAUAGUACAAAAUUGUAUAAUCCCUACCUUUAAAUCUGGGAAAUGGAAGGAAAAAUCAGAAAAUCUGGUUGUUGCAUAUGUUAAUUAUCUUCAUGAACAGUACAUGUUAGAUUCUCAAAUUUUUGACAUCUUGGAAAUUCGACAAUGUUUAAUGCUACUUACAAAUAAAGGAUUUCAAUCUCCAUUUGAUUCUACUAAUCCAAUUUAUUUUGGGCGUGAAUAUAACAAUGAUAUUGAUCUACAAGAUAGCUUUCCUUCUGCUGACUGGACUUUAAUUAGCAGUUGCUAUCUUAGUUGUUUAUCUGACAUCGAAAAAGUUUCUCUAAAGCGCUUCUUAAGUUCAUUGUCAGUACAUACAUUUAUGGUAGUUAGAAAGAUAACUAAAACUCUUCAUGUUUCUGAUUUGAUUGCUAGUUGUUGGGAAAAAUAUUUUGAAACUUGGCCACAGACGAUUGAUGAUACUUACAUAAUUGACGAUCUCGAAUGUCCUGAAUUUAAUCAAGUAGUUGAUGGUAAAAAUUAUCGAGAGAUAUAUGAUAUGCUGGAAGAAUUCGAUGAACGUUGGAGUAGCGAAUUUUCUAAGUUUAAUUUUAUAAGACCUGGAUGUCUUGUAAAAAAUACUUCAGGAGAGGUGGUAUCAUCUACAUUCUGCUCAUUUCUUCUCAAGAUGCGAUCUUCUGCUUGGCUCGCUAACAAUGAAGAUGAAAACUCCUUGCAUUGUCCUCGAGACCUAUUUUUAAGGAAUGAUCGUUUAUUUUCUUUAUUGGGGAAUAAGGUUAAUUAUUUAACUAACCGAGUAAAGUCAAAAAACUUUAUUCUUACUCUAGGAGUGCAAACUGAAGUGAAUUUCAAACGGUUCGCUAACGAGUUUAUGAAAUGGCGUGAACAGACUGUUUUUACCACCAAUUAUGCCCACACACAAACAAUUUAUCAAUAUUUUGAAAAACAGAAUGCUGUCUAUAAUGAGAUAAUUAAUGAACUUAAAAAAGGUCCGUUUAUAUUUUUGCCUAGUAAUCAUUGUAAUCAGAUAUUUGUUGAAUCUUCUGUGGUAGAAGGCAAGUUUUAUUCCAUUACCAAAUUAUGUUGGGAGGAUCCCUCGGACAUACUAAAUUGUACUAAAGAUGACGCUGAUCACAGGCGCAUUCUUAAAGGAUACUACCCAGAGCAUAUGCAAAAUUAUUUUUUGUAUACAUUAAGAGUAAGUAGAUAUCCAAGUGUUUGCGAAUACGUAAAACUUGCGAGUACAAUUGCAUCUCAAACCAUUCUUCCAGAUCGAGACGGAUGUGCCAAACUAUUUACAAUAUUUUCAGUUCUUGGACAAUUGAUGAUUUCUGAUAACAAACUAGAAGAACUAAAAGACUUGAAUUUUCCAGAAUCGAUGGAAGAACGUAGAAAGCAAUAUGAAGAUCUUACUGCUUUUAUUGAUCCAAUAUUAUCUAUGCAUAUGCAGCAAACAGAUUUGUUUGGAGAAAAAAUUUUCCCGACGUCUAAAAAUAGUUUUUCUUGUUUAUCAGAUAUGCCGCUACUUGUUGAUAAUAAAGACUUUGCUCAUAUCUUUCAAGAAUGUGAAAAGGUUCCAUUAAUAUUUUUUGAUUUCAUAUUAAACAUGAUAAAACCAAAUAAUUCGUUUCGCUCCAAGCGUGCAUUUGAAGCUUUUGACUUUAAAAUGAUUAAAAUCAUGGUUUUUUUUAAAGCUUGCGGUGUUUCACUUCUUUCUAAGGUUUACAUCGAACCUGAAGUUAUCACUGAAAAUAUGAAAAGAGGUUGCGCAACGUGGGAAAGGAUUAUUCAUGAAAUUUCUCCAAUUGUUCAGCGGUUUUUAAAUGUUAAAUAUCCGGUUUUUUAUAACAAUCUAACCGCAAAAUCAUACCACGAUUAUCUUCAGAAUUCUACACUUUUUUCUGUCGAUACUCUUGAAACCGUUUAUCGGUUAUUUGACAGAAGUGAUGUUAUUGUAUCACGAAAAAAAGUUGCCUGUGUUUCUGAUGCAGCUGGAAAGCGUGCUCUUAUUUACAUAACAUCUCAGUAUGCUUCUGAAAAAAAUAUGUUUGAGCAAAUUCUUAAUGAAGUUUUAAAUUUAUAUGUCAGUCAAAAUGAAGAAAUAAAAGAAGAAUUGUUCGAUUUUAUUCAAAUGUAUAACGCAGUAUCAAACAAAACAGAUUACUUAAAAAGAAAAAACAUUGCAGAGCUUUCUUCCUCUGAUAUUAGAUGGACAUAUCCACUAAGUAUUAUAUAUAGUGAAAACCCAAUAGUCAGUAAACCCGUUCAAAAUAUACCACCCAUGCAAUCGUCUGCCGUAGAAAGUAGCGGGUUAAAAUGUUGGCCUCCUCGAAAUCCAGUUACUACUGGUUCUAUUUUAAAUACAGAAUUUUCAAAAUAUACUGAAAAUGAAGUUAACGAGAAAUGGAAACCACCUGAAUCACCAGUUGCAAAAGAAAGUUCGUUUACUAAAGAUUUAGAUAUUUCAACAAACGAUAAUCAAGAAUUAAACAGAAAGCGAAAACUUUCUUCGUCUGAACUUGUUGACAUUAAUGACGAACCGCAAUUGUCCAAAAAAAUAUGUGCGGGAUUACCCCAUCAUUCAUCUCAGCAUGAUUUGUCCGUUCCUAUUGUUAAAGAUGGAUUAGUCAUUGAUAAUGAAAGUCUAGCCAAUCGUUGGAAGAUGGCUAAAGUAGAUUAUGUUCCAUCAGCUGCUUGUCAAAAUGUGAAAUUCACCAAUCAAAUCGAUUUUGCUCAUUUUGAAAAACUGAUUUUGGAAGAGCAAUACGAUGAUCUGCCAAUUAUUUUAUCUGACAGUUAUGAAAAAGACUUUAAGGACCUAAGUCUUGAUCAAAACGAAACAGAAAGUAAACAAAUGGUAGGAAAAUUAGGUGAAAAUCUUGUUUAUCGGCAUCUGUGUGAAAUUUAUAAAGACGACAUUUUGAGCGGCAGAGCUAAAAUUACUUGGCUUAAUGAAGUAGAAGAAACCGGCCAGCCGUACGAUCUUAAAAUUGAUUUUACUAGUUUAGAGCAAAAGUGUAUUUUUAUUGAGGUGAAAACAAGUUAUUUAGAUGGGAAAAAAGAGUUUGAAAUUUCACCCAACCAACUUCGAUUUGCUUUUGAAAAACAAUCAGCUUUCCAUUUGUAUCGCGUGACCGGAAUCAACGCAAAUUUACGAAUAAGACGUUUAGUUAAUUUAUCAAUGUACAUGGAUAGUAAGUCAGUAAGACUAUUUAUGUUAAUUUAAAACAUUGUUUUUUAAAUAUCUUUUUACAUUCA